GUUCCUUGGAGAUGUUUAUUAAGUGACAAGUGGGAGUAUUUGCUGAGCUAGAUUUCCCGAUCUGAUCUGUUGAAAGCAAUCCGUCUCGUCUUGACCACAUACGGCACUCUAUUAUUGAAGCUUACCUGUUGAUCCCUAAUACACUUCCAACCACUCCGGUCGAUCGGAGACGAUGCAAUUUUGCGGUAAAAUGGAUCAGCAGGCACCGGACUCCCGCAUGGUUCCUGAAGAACCUGGUCCCCAGGCUCGGCUGGAAGCUGAAUUCUUCGCCAACGCUCUGGACGACUGCGUGGCUGCUCAAGGCACAACGGGGAAGAGACGCGAACGACUCCUCGACCUUGUCGACACGUUCUACAAUCACGCGAUAUGCAAGUUGGAGCAACUCGGUACCCGCCCCUUGGGUGCUCGGUCACACAGUGCAAUGGAGGUCGACGAAAUCGAGGGAGAGGUUAAGUCUCUGAACGUGGAUCAAGAAACACGCCGGUGGGAAUUAGAAGCUCAAACAUGGGAUCUCAUGCGUCGAAUCCUGCCAUUGAGAUAUCCCGAGAAAACGAAAAGUACCACUCGGGAAAUCAGACCAGUCGCAGGACCACACAAGACAGACGACUUGUGGAACAGCUUUAUUCUAGACUCCCGCCCUGCUGUCGAGCGAAGAGCGGUAUUAGAAUGGCUUCAACAUAGUGCAACACGGGGCCCAGACGUCGACGAUGUGGUUCGAGAGUUGCAGCAGAACGCGGAGCGCGGUGAAAUCAUUGCUCAUGGCUGGAUCCAUACACGCACUGCUUUGAAGCUCCACAAGGAAAUUCUGGGAACAUCAUGCCCUCUCAAUCCUCGAGCGAACCACGUUUCGGCGUCCCUAUCCACCUCAGCUGGCGCUCCUCUGGUGUCACAGCUAGACCCUGACGCUGUUUUGCGCCAGGGUCGUCAACUACAGCCGCAAGACGAAUAUUUCGAACGGGCCAUUUGGACAGGGUGCUUUCAGCUACUUCGAAGAGGCUGUAGCCUUGACACCCUUCGGGAUUGGUGCGCGGAGAGGACAGAGACUUGGCGGGCAGUCUCCAUGUCGGCUUUCCCGGUGCCUAAGAAUGGUCCACAGUCAGACAGCAAACAAGAUGCCAGUGCUCUAGCUUUAUGGAGACGAAUGUGUUUUGCGUUGGCGCGUUCCGGUGGCACUGAUGAGGUUGAAAAAGCGGUCUACGGGAUUCUGUCUGGCGACAUCCAGAGCGUGGAGAAGGUGUGCAAGACAUGGGAUGACCUCAUGUUCAUGCAUUACAAUUCACUCUUACGCAGCGAGUUCGACGACUAUGUCCUAAGUCAAUGCCCGCCCGAGGUAUCGGCCAGUAUGCGCCAGUCGUUUGCCAUUUUCGACGCAGUACAGUAUCAUGGGGAUGCAGCAACCGCCGAUAAGCGACUUGUGAAGUCGCUAUCGAACAAUCCCCAAACACGUGGAGAAGCCUCCGAGCCCUUAAAGAUGCUACAGUCGGCCGUCAUCUGCAAUGAACUUAGCCAAUACUUCUACGAUCAGGGGCUCGUUUUGAGCCAGACUCAGAGAGUCUCUGGCGAAAAGGACGCUCUCGAAUCCGGCAGGCGCAUAGAUCGCCUUGGUCCAGGCGACCUCCGUAUUGUUGCCCACCUCCUUAUCUUACUCUCAACUUUUGACAAGUUAUGCCUCUCUUCAUCUCAGCCGCCCACCCUGAGUUCCGAAAUUCACCGAAGGCGAGUGCAGGAAAUGAUUAUUAGCGAAUAUGUCUGCACACUUCGACUUGCCGGGCUGGAGGAACUUCUUCCCCUAUAUUGCUCGAACUUAGAGGUGCCUCAUGCGUAUGAAGUCCUGAGCAACAACUUCCGCCACAUCACGGACCGCGAUGCCCGGCUCAAUCAACUAAAACUCAUUGAAAAGUCGGGCCUAGAUGUUCUCCAGUUCGUCAAGGUUCAGACUCAGCUCGCGUUUGGCCGUCUGGAGAAGAGUCUGGAGUCGCUGCGCGGCCGUCCUGGUGUCUUUCGCAUCAUGGAAGACGGACCUACGUCGCCGAAGUACGGACGACUUAUCAAGACCGAUUUUUUUGGGGAAGACCCUGACGCAGUGGAUUCCGAUCACGAGAAUCUGAUCUGCUCCUUGGAAUGGCUGCUUCUUGUCGACAACGCCUGGCCCCACAUGUUCGGGAUUGGCGUCAGAGCGUAUAAAUGUUUUCUCAGAACGAUGCAUUUAAACGCGGCAAGGCAACUAGCAAAUCGUGUCUCUUUUCAUCAAAUUCUACAGCAAAGACUCGAUCCCCGUCUACGAAACGAUUUGGAACUCUCGUGGGUUCUCGAGGAAGAUGAACAUUUCUGGGCCACGCAGCUCACAUCGACAGACAACCAGGACUUGUCUCCGGUACGACUUGUAAUCGAAGCCAGGAUAUUGCGUGACUUGGAAUAUCUCGUUAGAACUCUUGACACCAUGGAGACUAUUGCCGCGUUGACGGUGCUUUCCAGAGAAGAUCCAUCGGCGAGACGAGACUUUUGGACACAGGUUGGCAAUGAAGUGAAGAAUGCCAAGGAAUUCGUCCAACCACUCUUGAACGGCUGGCUUCUAGCAAAAGGAGAGGACCCCGAUCUUCAGGCCAUCAGGGAAACUUACCUUCCAGAAACCGUUCUAGCUUAUAUCAGUACCUUGCACUUCGCGGGCACGUGCUUAUUCAAGGACAACCUACUUGAAUGUAUGGAUGUCGCUGCCGCUAUCGCCGGGAAACACUCUGACAUAGCCGCUUGUUUUGUCAAGUCGAGACGGAUACAUGAUCUUGUCGAGGUCUUUUCUUCCUGCAGUAAGGCUCUUGCUGUCUCAGCAGGUGAAAAAAAGGUCACAGGAUCUACGAACAAGAGAAUGCGCGAGCUGGGAUGGUCUCGAGAUUUAUGGCGGGUGAAUUCGUGAGAACAACUACAUAUCGGCUAGGCCUCCACGGAUUAUCGACUUAAUCACCUGUUUCCUUCUAGUCAGUUUGUGUGCCUACAUAGAGGUAGAUCGAAAUCAGAGUGAGAUCCGGGAUUACAUCGGUUUACUUCUGCGUCCUACUCCAUGUACCAGAAACCACCCUGAGCUCUAUUCUCGCUUACUGUCAGAACAUAAAUAAGGGACGCGGAAUUGUGUAUGUAUUCGUCUAAGUGAAGUUUGUGAUACUUUAUGGGGAUGUCUAACUAUAGGGAAAAACAAGAGGAAAUAAGUGUGGAU